AUGUUGGACACCAUGAUCCCAGCAUGUUUCAGCCAGCCCAACACACUCUCAAGCAGCUCUCAAGUGCCCCAAAACCUUAUAACCUGCAUAUAUCAAACUCAGCUUUGCAACUCACCCACAUAUCUCACUCUCACUUGGUCCAAAAGCCCCUUCCCUCACUCUCUAACCAUUCAUGCCUCAGACUCUUUUUCCAUCACAAUCUCCCUCAACCCAUCAACUUUCUCCUUCUUCAGAACCAAACCAGGCUCCAAAUCCAUCUCUCUAACCCACAACCAUUGCCAAAGAAUCAAGCUUUACUGGGACUUCACCCGGGCUGACUUCAGUCACAACUCGGCUGAGCCAGAGUCUUGCUUCUACAUCGCCAUUUCUUGCAAUGCCAAACUUGAAUUCUUUCUUGGGGAUCUUUUGGACGAGUUCAGUCGGCGGUCAGGGGUAGUUGUGACUCACAAACUCAGCCAACCUGCCCUGUUGUCAAGGCGGGAACAUGUGUUUGGGCGCAGGAAUUACAUAUCCAGAGCUCAGUUCUUGGGGUCCAAACAUGAAAUUGGAAUAGAGUGUAGCGAGGGUACGCUUAAAGUAAAAGUAGAUGGAGUGAUAAGCCUGAUUGUCAAAAGGUUGGCUUGGAAAUUCAGAGGCAAUGAGAGAAUUUUUGUUGGUGGAGUUGAAUUUGAAUUUUACUGGGACGUGUUCAACUGGGUUAAUAAUCAUAACGGUGCUAAUGGGAAUGGUCAUGGUGUAUUUGUUUUUCAAGUGGGUGAUGGUGGGGUGUGGCCAGAAAUGGUAGGUCCUGAGAAGAGGUUGAUGAGGAAGAGCUUGUCGACAUCGGCUGCUUCGGCAUCAAUGCCGUCGAUGACUUCGUUGUCCCCGUCGCCGUCAUGCUCAAGUGUGUUGCAAUGGGCAGAGGAGAGUAGCGAUGGGGGGAGAAGUUCAUGUUCUUCAUCUACUAGAUCAUAUGGUAGUAAUGGGGGGUUUUCUCUGUUGCUGUAUGCUUGGAAGAGGGACUGA